UCCCUCGGCCAAUCAGAGAGUGAGUUGCGGAGGUCCUCGUAAAAACAAUGCGCGUUUCAUUGCGGAGGAUUUUAAUGGUCUGACGAGGGGCCUUGUCCCCCCCCCCGGCUCCUUUAGGACGGCCCAGAUGGACCACAGAACAGAACGGCCUGAUAACAGUACAGAACCAAAGGACCGAUUCAGACCAAAAUACGGAUUUUACUGGUUUCUAAACACGUUUCCUUCUCAAGUCAGGAUGUCGAUGGGCAUGGAUCCACAGGGAGACCCACCACCAGCCUAGCCUUUAGCGGCUCUUUGGGAACACUAUCCCGGACACAGGGCUAGCUCCACUCCCCCCCCACACACUGGAGAAUGGAUGGCCGAGAUCUCGGACCCCCUCGGUCUGUCCAUGUUCCCCCUCCCCUGUUGGCCAUGGAGACCCACCGACUCGGAGCUGCUGCAGCAGCCAGGAGGAUCCCUCCUCACCCGGACACUUGGGCACAGGGCACCCAGCAAACCUCCACGUCGGAAAAUUCCUUCCAACGGUCAUGAACCUCCAUCCACAUCACAUUGAUGCCUUCCCAGCAGCCUCCAGUCCCUUCCUGCCGGGCUAUUCCGGCCCCUCCCCCCUAACCUCUGACCCAGCCUACAGAUCACCCAAUCAGAUGGCUCAGCUCUGGGCCUCACACGCUGCCGCCCACGAAGGCUACGCCCCUCACCCAGGCGGUCUGUAUCCCAGCCCCUACCACCUCCCCCUGGGUAACCUGGAGCCUCCUCCCCCCUCGCUGGGCUUGGCUCAGCACCACCACCUCUACAACGCACCACACCAAGAGAGGUUCUUCCUGCCGGUGUCGUUACCCCAGCCGCCUCUCCAACCCUCCUCCGUCCCCCCCAGUUCCACCCCCCAGAGUAGCUCCCGGGAGGGGGGCAGGGACCGAGACAGACUCUACCGUGUGGCGAGGGAGAGAGAGGAGCCUCAGGAGGGGGGCAGGGACCGAGACAGACUCUACCGCGAGGAGAGGGAGGAGCCUCAGGAGGGGGGCAGGGACCGAGACAGACUCUACCGCGAGGAGAGGGAGAGAGACGAGCCUCAGGAGGGGGGCAGGGACCGAGACAGACUCUACCGUGUGUCGAGGGAGAGAGACGAGCCUCAGGAGGGGGGCAGGGACCGAGACAGACUCUACCGCGAGGAGAGGGAGAGAGAGGAGCCUCAGGAGGGGGGCAGAGAGAUACCCUACCGCGAGGAGAGAGGCGAGAGGGAGCCUCGUCCAUACAGUGUGGUAGAUCUGACACAGGAUGGGAGGAGUGGAGAGAGAGAACGCCACAGAGAACGAGAGACGGAGCGUGACAGAGAGGUUUUCCUCCACCACCCCUCUGCUUCUCGACCCCCCCAGGGCUCCUCCUCUUCUGGGCGUUACCCAGAGACUGAUGACACACCCACUCGCUCCCCCAACCCUAACCCCAGCCCCCACACACACACAGACAGGCUGAGGAAGACUGAAUCUACCUACAGCGGUGGACUCCUCCCUGGCCCCGCCUACCCUGCACACCGGGAGCCUAUCAGGGAACAGCAUGUGAGCGCGCCCACUUACGUGCCUUCUGUGGAGGUCUAUGAUGAGCAGAUCGGCCCGAUCCAGAUCGCAUCGCAGGCCAGGGACAAACAGGACAAACUGAGAGAGAGAGAAAAAGAGAGAGAAAAGAGAGAGAGAGGUUUCCUGAAAAGACACUAUCGGACCGUCGCACUUCUCUUCCUGGUGAUUUGUCCAAUCAGAGAGAGCGGGAGGAGGGCUCUGUGAUCUGCUCCAACGGU